CCAACCUCCCAUGGCCAGCUCCCUACACUCCUCCUCCUCUUCCUCCACCAUUGCCCGCCGCCUCACCUUCUCACCCCGAUUCUCCGGACCCGACCCGAAAUCCGUAUCCUUCCCUUCUCAGCUAUCCCGAACCAUUCCUCCUCUCAAGUCCACAGCUUCAAGAACCGUCGUCAGGGCAGUCGCGGUUACCGGGAGUGACCAAGCAAUGGAGCUUGACAUUUCUCUCAGCCCCAGAGUCAACUCCAUCAAGCCGUCCAAGACUGUCGCCAUCACCGACCAGGCCACGGCGCUCGUCCAGGCCGGCGUCCCCGUGAUCCGGUUGGCCGCCGGCGAGCCCGAUUUCGAUACUCCAGCUGUCAUUGCAGAGGCGGGGAUCAAUGCGAUUCGUGAGGGGUAUACUAGGUACUCACCAAAUGCAGGGACUUUGGAGUUGCGCCAGGCGAUUUGCCGUAAGCUACAAGAGGAGAAUGGGAUAUCUUACACGCCUGAUCAGGUGUUGGUUAGUAAUGGAGCCAAGCAGUCUAUUGAUCAGGCUGUGCAGGCUGUUUGCGCGCCAGGAGAUGAGGUUAUAAUUCCAGCUCCAUUUUGGGUGAGUUAUCCGGAAAUUGCAAGGAAGGCUGAUGCAACUCCUGUGAUUAUUCCGACGAGCAUCUCCGAGAAUUUUCUCUUGGACCCCAAGGUUCUCGAGUCCAAGCUCACUGAAAGAUCGAGAGUGCUGAUUCUUUGUUCUCCAUCCAACCCGACAGGGUCUGUUUACCCCAAGAAGUUGCUUGAGGAUAUUGCUAAAAUUGUAGCAAGGCAUCCCCGGCUUCUGGUCCUCUCUGAUGAAAUUUACGAACACAUAAUUUACGCACCAGCAACUCACACGAGCUUUGCAUCUUUGCCAGGCAUGUGGGAGAGGACUUUGACAGUCAAUGGGUUUUCUAAGGCAUUUGCAAUGACUGGUUGGCGCCUUGGAUAUAUAGCUGGUCCUAAACACUUUAUCUCAGCAUGUAAUAAGAUUCAGAGUCAGUCCACCUCAGGUGCCAGUAGCAUAUCACAGAAAGCAGGAGUUGCAGCCUUGGGUCUUGGCUAUGCUGGUGGAGAGGCAGUUUCUAUCAUGGUGAAAGCAUUCCGGGAGCGUAGAGAUUUCUUGGUGAAAAGCUUCGGUGAACUUGCUGGUGUUAAGAUUUCAGAACCCAAGGGAGCUUUCUAUCUCUUCCUCGAUUUCAGCUGCUACUAUGGAACAGAGGCUGAUGGGUUUGGUAAAAUAGAGAAUUCUGAGUCCCUUUGCAAAUAUCUGCUCGACAAGGGUCAGGUCGCACUAGUGCCAGGGGAUGCAUUUGGAGAUGAUACUUGCAUACGAAUUUCAUAUGCAGCAUCACUCCAAACUCUACAGGCAGCUGCGGAAAGAAUUAAGAAGUCACUCAUUGAGCUGAAGCCUGCUGCCCGUAGUUGACCUAAACAAAAUACCACUGGUAUGUUGCCAUUGCUCCACUUGGUACUUCAUAUUCUGUAUCCUAGCAUUUGUGUUUUGAAAUUUGUCCCUAGUGAAAUAAAGAUUCUAGCCUUGUAUCAUUGGUUAUUCAUGUAAUUAAAGGUGUGUACAUUUAGCUGAAUCUGAAUCGGGGACUCCUUACCAUUUUGUGGAAUGAGGUGUUAUAGAAUCCCAUUAUGGGCAACAUCAUUCUUUUGGUUUUUUAUAUAGAUUUGAAAGUUGAAACUUGAAGUUGAAACCAUG